AUGGGGGCGCUGCUGGCGCUCUGCCUCCUACUGGGUUGGCUGCGCUGGGGCCCCGCUGGGGCACAGCAGGACGGGGAGUACUGCCAUGGCUGGGUGGACGCGCAAGGCAACUACCACGAGGGUUUCCAGUGCCCAGAGGGCUUCGACACCCUGGAUGCCACCAUCUGCUGCGGCUCCUGCGCCCUGCGCUACUGCUGCGCUGCUGCCGACGCCAGACUCGAUCAAGGGGGUUGCACUAACGACCGCGGAGAGCUGGAACACCCGGGCAUCACAGCGCAACCAGUCUAUGUGCCAUUCCUGAUUGUGGGUUCCAUCUUCAUCGCCUUCAUUAUCCUGGGCUCCUUGGUGGCUAUUUACUGCUGUACCUGCUUGAGACCUAAACAAACAUCUCAGCAGCCUAUUCGGUUCUCACUUCGAAGUUACCAGAACGAGACCCUCCCCAUGAUUCUGACCUCUACGAACCUCAGGACACCCUCAAGGCAGUCCAGCACUGCCACCAGUUCCAGCUCCACUGGAGGCUCCAUUCGAAGAUUUUCUUUUGCCAGAGCCGAGUCUGGCUGCCUGGUGCCCUCACCUCCUCCACCAUACACCUCGGGCUGCUUACAGACAGGUCAUUCGAUCCACCUGACCCAACCAUCUGGGUUCCUGGUGUCACCACAAUAUUUUGCCUAUCCUCUCCAGCAGGAGCCAACGCUUCCUGGGAAAAGCUGCUCGGACUUCAGCCCCAGCUGAUCUGAGCCAGGCUGCAGAGGGAAGGACAAGGGGAGUGGCUCUGACUUUUGCUCAUGUUCAUGCUUACUUAGAUGAUUGUUCUGGGCCAUCAGAACAUCAUGGAGAAGAGAAAUAUUUCUUUUCUAGAAUUAACAUGUUCUCUCAUUUGGAUCACACAAAGUGGAUGCUUUAGGUAAUUGCUUUUUGCCUUUUUUUUUUUUUAAAGUUGAUCUCUACAUUUCAAUUUGAUAUCUUUACUCACAAAAUUGCCACAACUAGAAGCUGAAAGCAGCAUUCCAUUCGAAACAUUUCACUGGUCAACUCAAAACAUUCUUUGUAUAAGCGAUAUUAGAAGUUACUCUUUUAAGCUUGAGUGGCUAAUUUAAUGAUAAUGGAAAAGGCAGUUCCUGAUUAGAGUUAUCAGAUAUUCAUUUUUAUAAAAACCUUAAUCACACCUUAAUAAACUAAGGGAACCCUGAACAUCUCGGGACAGUAUUUAAGGGUGUUGAAGUAAUUAUUGUAUUAAUAAUCACACAAUUAAAAAUCCUUGCUUUUCAGAAGACAAGAUGUGAAAAAUUCCAAAUUUAAUAAGCAAUUUUCAAUUUUAGGCAAAUCCUAAUGAAACU